AUGGACGAGAAGUUCACUCCGCCGGCGACGAUGGCGGCGGAAGCGCCCAGCUCAUCGGCCUCCCCCGAAGAGGAGAUGCUCCUGCGCUCCCUCUCCGCGCGCGGCUGGCACUUCCGUGACACAGCGGACGAGUCCAUCCAGGCCCUCCUCCACGCCUCCCCCUCCCCGUCGCCGGAGGCCGUGGAGGCUGAGCUCCUCGACACGGACCUGAGGCUCUUCGGUGGAAAGACCCUUCCCGACCGCGCGGCCGCCACCUCGGGGAAGCGGCUCUCUUAUCUCCACGGCCCCAUCGUCCUGCAGGUAGUUUCUGUAAGAGAUAUAUAUAGCAGCAACGUUGAUGCUUCCUUUAAGAACCCGCAGCAACGGCGCCUUCUCCGGUUUGCUCUCACUGAUGGUGUUUCUGAAGCAGUGGCCAUUGAGUUUUUCCCUAUCCCGUUCAUCACUGAAGAGAUAGCUCCAGGUACCAAGAUUCGUCUUGAGAACAAGAUUCCAGUAAAUCAUGGCAUAUUGUGCUUGAGUGCAAAAAAUGUGAGUGUCAUUGGGGGAACUGUUCAAUCUUUGUAUGAAGAAUGGAAAAUGAACCAAAAGUACUCAGGCAUAUCACGCCCGUCGUUGAGGUUGUCCCAAAAUGACGAUGGAGUUGGGCCUCCACCGUUCGAGAAGUUAGAUACCGAAGCACGUCCAAACAGGACAUUCCAGUUGCAAGCAUAUCCCGAUCGUAAACCUAGGGAUUUGGGAGUCGCUAAUGACCGUGCAUCGAUUAAUCCUAUUGGCAAACCCAUGAAUGAAGCUUCAGCUGAUGUGAACAAGGAGAAUACAGCAAGCAAAGUUGAACCCAAACAAGCCAAUUCAGAUAUCAGACCAAAAGAAGUAAGUGAAGCUGUCCCUGUUCAAAACCAAGCUGCCGCACAGAAGCUGCUGCAGAAAAUGGCAAUGCCCGAAGAUAGGCAUGGUAGGGGUCAUAGAUUCAAGGGCAAGAACAAGCAGGAUGAUGCUCCAGUCUUUACCCUCGAGGAAUGGGAGAGGAGAAAAGCAGUUGGUUCAGUGUCCACAGCAGAACACCAUAUACAAGAUACUAGUCGAGAUGAGGAGCUGGCAAGACAGCUCCAGGAACAGCUAGAUAUGGAAGAUUCCCAUAGAAUUCCGGUUAGUUCAGAGGCGGAGCGCUUACGGAUGAACAUGUUCAGCUUCAAUGGCCCCGAAGAAAUGGGUGGUGGCGGGAGAAGAGAUUUCCGAGGGCGCGGGCGGGGAAGGGGCCGAGGGCGAGGGCGGGGCAGGGGGAGAUUUUAG